AUGACUCGGUCUUCGUUUCUCCGAGCAGACCAGGCCGGCGACGUCCCCGUGCCGCAGGCCGGCGACGCGGGGCGCGGAUGCUCGUUGGCGUCCAAAAACAACUUGCCUUUGGAGACGCUCCGGAUCGCCGCCCGCUCGGAAGGCCUUGCGGUCAACGAGCGGGACGGCCCGGCGCAGAUGCGGUCGCCCGUGUACGUUCCUCACGCGCUGGCCUUCAAGCGGGCGAGGCCCACCAAGUUCUUGCGGGAACGCUUCCCGAGAACGAGUCCUCCUCGGCACUCCGACGGCCGCUCGUCCUGCUCCACCGAGGUGGUGGGGGUCCUGGUUCGGCCCGAGGAGCCCUCCGGUCUCAGCGUGGCGGAGACCCUGUUCCGCACGGAGAGCCACUUCCGGACCGGGUGGCGGGGUGAGCGUCUGGACCCCGGGAAUGGCCGCCAGCUUCGGAAGAGCGCACGGAGACGAGCGAAGCGGCGAGAACUGAAGAGGCUGCACGAAGCUCAGCUGAUCCAGAGAGAGCUGCAGCUGCUGGAGGAGGAGCAGCGACGUCUGGAGGCCACGGGGGUCGCGCUGGAGCGAAGUCUCCGAGGAGAAGAAGAAAAAGGGGGAGGAGACGGAGCCGGAGACGGAGGAGGAGUGGCCGCUCGCGACAAAACCGGCCUCAUGCAGCUUUGGUUCCAGUUGGCCCAGCGGAAGAACCUUCUGGUUCGGUACGAGUCGGAGCUCGCGAUAUUUGCACGAGAACUGCAGCUGGAGGACAGGCAGAGUCGACUCCAGCAGGAUUUGAGAGACCGGAUGACGCUGGACGGUAAGCGACGGACGGGGAUCAAAUUCUUGCGGCCUGGACUUAAGUGCACUUUUCGGAUAGCCGGACGUAGUUUUUCUGCUGCCGAGUCAGUUAUCUUGUGCUUCCCACACCUGACCUGAUGAAAAUAGGCCGAUUCCGUUUGGUCCGGCCUGUCGCCGGGAGAUAUCGGUGUCUUGCGAGGCCGAGGCCGACAAUUUUGUGGAACUCAGACACGUUUGUUGGAGUGGUCCUGUUUUGAUGCUUGUUUGGUCUUCGCGUAGUCCUCCUUUGGUCCCCGUGUUGCCAUUGUGCCGUACUCGUGUGCUUCUUUUGAGGCGCACGUAUGGUCCUCGUGCAGUCCACGUGUGGUCUUCCUUUGCUGCUCCUGCGGUCCUUGUUUCGGCACUCGUUUGAUCCCCGUGCUGUCAUAGCCUGGUCCUUGUGCAGUUCUGUUGAGGUGCAUGAGUGGGUCUCAUGCAGUUCACGUGUGGACCUCGUGCAGUCCACGUGUCAUCCUCGUGUGGUCCUUGUGUUGUCCUCAUCGGGUACUCCUUUGGUCCCCAUGUGGUCUCCCACCUUGUUCCUGUUUGGUCCUCAUGUGGUCUGUGUGCUCGGCGCGCUGCGGUCCCCAGGUUCUCGCGCCUGAUCUUCUUGUAUUUUGUGAAUCACGUGUGGUCUGUGUUGUUGUUGUCAGCAUGUGGUCUACAUAUGGUCUUCAUGUGGUAUGUGUGUGGUCCUCAGUUGAUCCCCAUGCGGUCUCUGUGUUGUUCUCGUUCGGUCCCCAUGUGAUUCCCAGCGUGGUCUUCCCGUGGUCCUUGUGUGGGACGUGUGGUCCUCCUCUGGUCCUUUUGUUGUCCUCGUUUGGGCCUCUUGUUGUUCUCGUGUGCUCAUCCAGCGGUCCUUGUGGCAGACCGGCUGAAGGACGACGAGGAGCUCGCCAAGGAACGCUCCAUCCUGGAGGAGAUGCUGCAAGUGGUCGACCGAAGAAGGGCUCUGGUGCCUCUGCUGGAAGAGCUGCGACGGCAGGACCGCCAGGAAGACCAAAAGUUCAAAGCCUCAAUGGACUGGACCUGAGCCAGGCACUGAGGACCUCUGAAGAUCUGGUCUGCAAUCAAUGUGUCUGUCUACUGACCUGAAGGCGGGCGGGGCCGCCGUGUUCAUCCAUCCGAAGCUUCGUCCCUGUUUUCUGUCACGCCGAUCGUGAUUUGCUCCAUCCGGGACUGGUCGUCGGUCAACCGCGAGGGGCAGACAAGCAUCUGCCAGCGUGUCGACAGCACACAUGGACAAUUUCCAGUCUUUAAACAAGCGAACCCACUCGAGCUUCCAAACGGAGUCCGCAACCGCACCUCAGAACUGCGAGACGGACAUGAGGACCACCUCCUUCGGAAACUGGUCUCUGGUUACUAGCGCAGUGAUCACAAGUGAGGCCAAACAAUCGCGAAUCAAUCUCUGUUCCGAUCAUUGACUGGCGACCCGUCCCCCGGAUGAGAAAGUCGCGCUUGAGAAAACAGAUGAAUGGACGUUGUGAUCACGUGUCAACUGGAAUUGCUCUCCAGGUUGAAGUUUUUUCUUUUUGGUGGUUCAGUUUUCAACCCAUCCUUUGACUUUGUGUACCUUGACAACUUCCGGCUUGUGGUUCCAAAUUGGGUUGAAUUUUGAAAGUGGAAAAAAUACACAAAAAGACAGUGUGGCAUCAUUUUGAGACAGGGUUAGCAUCCUGACGCUGUCCCCAAUGGAAAGUUCAGUGUGCAAUCCUCCAUUUUUCAGUUCCAAACGGUUAAAAAUUGGGCCUUGAAAUGUAAUCUGGGAUGAAUUGUUGCAGACACGGAGACGACAAACCGAAGCACAAUUUUCUGUCGUUUGUUUUGC